AUGGCGUCAAAAGACAAUCAAGAGAACCGUCAACUUGCCGCUUUUGAGAAUUCUGGUGCCAUUGUCACCUCCUUCGAUGCUGGUUGGAGGGUUGUCUUCGCCCUCCCUCCUCCUCUCCCCGUGCCUUCGCCCCCAUUCCUCCCAGCUUUUUCUCCUCAUCCUCAUUCUGUGUGCGAGGAUGCGUGCCUGCGUACUGCAUGGUACAAGCCGGUGCUGAAACGUCUCAAAACAUCCCCGCCCUUCCCAUCUAUGACCCCAUCUGCUUGGUGUGCUGCAGGUGUUUGCACCAACUGUCUGCCAGCAGGUCGCCUGGUGCAGUUGUUUGAGACAUCUCGAAGCAUCCCCCUUUGUCCCUCUCCCCUAUCCCUUGCGCACCUCUCCUCCGCCCGCCAGGUGUGUGAGGACUGCAUGCGCAGCACCAUGCGACCGCAUGCCAGCUUGUGCCGACCGCAUGGGGCUGCGCAAGCUGGCGCGAGUGGCCGCGGCUACGGCCCCGAGGAGGCAGUGGAAUCCAAUGGGCAGCGCACGCCGUCUCUUUCUGACGUCCCUCCUUUAAAGCCACUCUCUGACCCCUCUCUCCUACCCACCCACCUCGGUCUUCCCCCUUUUCUCUCCUCCGUCGGCCGGCCCAUGCCAGGAGUAGCCCGCCCUUGA